GAAACUUGUCGGUUCAGAGGAGGAUACGCUGCUGCAUAUAAAUAUGUAAGUCCAUUUUACCGAAGACCGGUUUAGAAAGCAGGCGAACUGUUCAACCAGAGCGACAAUAAAAGCGAUACAAACUGUUUGGUGCGGGGUGUUUGGGGUGUCUUCUGCUUGAAAAUGGAUUGAUCAUCGACCCUUUGAAGAACUGUUGUCACUUCUGAUCCCAGGUCUGCAGUCUAACAAGAAAACCCCCCCACCGCGUCCUAAAAGCUUUGGAGAUAUCUUAGGACUGUUAAUAAUAUAAUUUGCCCAGUGGUUUGGACUCCCUUUAACUGUUAUCAUCUUUCUUUCCCACAUCUCAGGUCCCAACUGCCAGUUCAAGAUGACAGAGAAGGUCCCGUGGUGGAAGGUGUUCAUUCCAAAGAAAAAGAGUGCGGAUCCUUACGGCUUGGGCCCAGACUUCAACCCUUUCGCCCAGCAACCAGAGAGGCUGAAAGACCCGUCUUCUUCGUCCAAGACCACCACCACCGACCAGACCGUCCCGGCGCAGGGCUCCAGCUUGCUCAGCGACGAAACCUUCGACGACUCCAAGCUGGAAUCGGUGUUCAACGAGCAGACGUGCCGCAGGAACAUGAAGGUUUCCCGCUCGGGUCGGUUCAAGGAGAAGAAGAGGCCGCGCUCGAGCCUUCCCAUCGAGGAGAAGGGGAGGGAAGCCGCAGCACCAGGAAGGGAGGACAAACGAUGACCCUGGGGAGAGUGGUGUGUGUGUGUGUGUGUGUGUGAGCGCAUGUAAAAAGACUGCUUCACAGUAUUGCUUCAAAAGAAGGAGUGGGGUUUAAAUAGCUGAAGGAACUUUAGUCUCAUGAGGCAUUGUACUGUACUGAGCGCUGGGGAUGAUGUUCACGUGGGUUUUAUAUCAAUAAUGCAGAAUUCUGAAUAUGAGUACAAUUAUAUUUUUAAGAUUUAAGACGUUUCGUAGGGUUAUGUUACGAAUGUCUUAUGUUUUUUUUUUUCUCAUCAAGGUCAUUGAACCAUUUUGCACAUGAAAUGUCACAAACGCAACUCAAAGGACCAGUAUAAGAACCAAUGGGCUGGUAUCGGAUUCUCUCUGAAAAUUCUGAGUAAAGGUAUCAUGGACUGACAACAUCGUGGACUGGCGACUUGUCCAGUUAUGGGUACCGUCCCACAGUUUUUUCCUCAACUGUACCAGCAAUAUCUUAAGGUUGAUAAGUGGGACUUCUUUAGUUUCUGUAUCUCAAAUGUCCACUGCUUUUGCAAUUAAAAUAUUUCCAAAUGGCAGAAUUGGUUCACCAAAAGAAGCCAUCAUUAAGCUGACGUUGAACACCAGAAACUUCUAUGAUGGAAUUAUUUUUGAAUGGUUUUGAAACUAAUUUUUUUUUUGAAAACCUUGAUUUUUUUUAUCAUGAUUCUCUCAUUUUUAUUUUAGUUUUUUUUUUACAGUUCAUCAAAUCACAAUAACUUUUUUUUUUUUAAAAAGCAGUGAUCAAAAGCUGUUUCUCGAAAAAGUGAAAUGCCUCUUUGAAAUGAUGUUCAAAAAAUUGUUUUCCAAUAUUUGCUGUAAAAGAAAACAAUGUUAAUGUGCUACAAAUAAUUUUUCUGUGAUGAAGGAUAGUGCUUGUUUUUGCAAGACUUUCGCAAAACGUUUGACUCUGGGCGGUCUGAAGGAUUCCAGUGAAGGUGAAUCAGAUGCACAACAUUUACCAGCAAAAAGCAAAAGCUAAUGAAGGAUUAAAUUCAAUCAGGCGUAUUUUACAAGUUUUGUUGCAAAGCUGCCUCUACUGAAAACAAUAUGCUCUUGAUAUCCAGAUGAAGGUAUGACAUGUGACAUAUAUAUUUGUUUUUAUUUAAAAAAAGGAGCUGUGUAGUUUUGAUCACUUGUGAAUGCUUAACAUGAAGGCAAAAUUAGAAAUAAAUCUGAUGCUACCA